AUGAGGGCGCUGAUCACCACCCAUGCGCGGCCUCUGCUGCUCCUGCUGCUGCAGCUGCUGCAGCCACUGCAGUUUCUGUGGAUAAAUGACAUGUCGGGUAUACCAGAGGAUGAAAGAGAAGAAUAUGCAGAAUAUUUAGAGAUACUUUAUGGUACAAGACCUACCAGACCACCUAGCAUAGAAAAAUUCAAAAGGAUUAACAUUGUUGAUCCUUUAGGAAGACCAUUCUAUGAUGACGACUACUGCACUGACGAAAUGAGGGCAAAUAUUAUUCACAGCAAGUUCCGUUGUCUGCAGGAACAUUACUUUCUCACUAUGCAGUAUGAAGAGUUGAAAAAUAUCUGUCUCAACAAAUUUGUGCCAUGUAAGAAUGGAAUUAAGAAAUGUAAAAUGAGCACGACUUUAGAAGGAGGACUGUACUGCAAGUUAAUAGAAGGGACCCGAAUGCCAGAGUGUAUAUACGAACCAGAAUAUAGGAGCGGAUAUGUCCUUAUCACUUGUCGGUGGCAUAAUGAAACCCAAGAAUUUAUUCCUGAGAGUGUAAAUGAUAUCGUGACACCACCGGAAUAG